ACCUCACUCUUUAAAAAAACGAGAAACGAAAAAGAAGAAGUAAGACCAAGUUUUCUUGAGCUAUUAACUACUAAAUAGUAUUUAGUCACCAACCAUAAACAGCAUCUCCAUUACACUCAUCCUUCCUUCUUCCCACCUGCAAAAACUAAUUGCAGUUUACCUCCAAAAUUCUUUGACGUUUCCUUGAACACCAAUUCUUCCUCCUCUCCAUCUCUCUGUCUUUGGCAAUUUCUCACUUUAGGCAAGAAAAGGCCAAGAAUGUUGAUCAAAUCCUCGGCAUAACACGCACAUGUUAUACACCUUCGGGUUGAUUUAGAUGAAAAGUCUCUUGGGGUGGAGAUGGCUAUGGCUGAGAAUUGAAGGGCCAGUAAGAUGAGCCUUGAAAAAGAGGGCAAUCAAAGAAGAAGUAAUAACAGAGGAAGAAGAUCCCAUGCAACAAGCCCAUGGAUGAUGUACCUGGUUCAGUAGGGACUAGUGCCAGCUUCUCUUUGAGAUUGGGUCAGACCAUCUUCUCUUCUGCUUCUCUUCUUUUCAUGUCUCUCGGUGUUGAAUUCUACAGCUACACUGCUUUCUGCUACUUAGUUACAAUCAUGGGUUUGGCUAUUCCAUGGAGUUUCACAUUGGCAAUAGUUGAUGGAUACUCUGUUCUGGUAAAAUGCCCUAUUCGACAACCGGGAAUACUUCUGAUUAUUGUCCUUGGAGAUUGGGUGUUAUCAACUCUCAUAUUAGCCGCAGCAUGCUCAACAGCUAGCGUUGUGGAUCUCCUGCUCCACUCUAAUGGAUCUCAUUGCCCUCCAAAGAUUUGCAGCAGGUAUCAAAUAUCGGCUGCCAUGGCUUUCUUGUCUUGGUUUCUGUCUAUGGCUUCUUCUCUUUUCAAUCUUUGGUUACUCCCUUCCUUGUGAUUUUUCACUCGUAGUUCAAAGGCAAAUUUUGCGAUUAGCGUAAGAUUGUUAAUGGUUAGAAAAUCCAAGUUCUGUACGUACACAUGUUCAAAGUUUUGACAAUUGUGGAUCCAAAACCAUAUGGUUACAAUUUUGUUUA